GACCCAAGGGACCUACAUUGUAAAGCUCCUAUCCAAGGGACUAUACAUGUAGGUAUGUCUUUGAGGAUUAUGCCACCACAAACGUUUAGCACUCAGACUUGGUUGAGAAGCCCUUGCUCUUUACAGAUCAAAAACAUCCCAAGACUGCUUUUUCAACCGUGAAAGCAAUGGUUGCAGGACAUGUUCAGACAAGGAGGUGAAAAACGAAAGUGUUGAAAUUUUGACCGGCUUAAACCUUUCCAGUGUUCAAUAUUGAUCCAUUGAUGACCGCCUAUUGAGAUUAGUUGCAUCUCGUCCUCUCUCCACCAAUCAAUUGUGGUGCUAAAUUGUUAGUCUGAAGCGGGAUUGGACUAGAGGAGUGUCUGGACUGGUUGUUGCCCCAGCUAAUUUAGUAUUCAGGUUCAUAGUGGGGUCAUGUUUGUGUGGUGUGAAUGCAUCGUACAUGUAUAAUGGAAAGCAAGUGCGUGUCUGCACUGCACUUUAACCUAGCUGGUAAUUAGAGUGGGAGAGCAUGCUGUGCAUGGUGCGAGAGCCCACGGCACUGGCCCGCUUUUUAGUCUCUCUUCUCAGCUCUCUUUGAAUACGCACCCUCCCUCCUCAAGUGGUGCUUGGUAUGCAUGCAUGCCUGCUGGAGAACUAUCCAGGGUUUGCUGGAGAAGCAGGAGAAUAAAGAGGUCAGGAAUAUGAAAGUGUUUUUCUUCAAUAUUUGAUCCUGUCUCGCAAACAAGCGAGUGUGAGUGAAACCAGGGCUCAACCUCCAAUGGGGAAGUUCAUACAGCUCUCUGACGGUGUUUUCACAAGAUGGAAGAACUGCAUGACUGCGCUGUCCUUGGAGUCCGACUCAGAGAUGGCUGAAUUUCUCCUGAACAGACUUCUUGAAGACAGACUCAGAGAAAUGGGGCAGCAGAACUCGAGGGAGGGAACCCCAUCACCCAUCCCCUCAGACUCAGGAGUAUCAGGAAAGGGAUCCUCCUCACCCUCACAUCUCACCACCCACUCUGGAGUUCACUCACCAUCUCCAAAGACAUCUGCCUCGCAUCCCACUGCUGCCACCGAACCUAUCACCGGCUCGGAGAAGAAACUGGAGCAUGGAACUCCUGCCGGCUCUGUGGAAACCUCAACACACUCAUCGGACUUUGCAGAGUACAAGCACAAGCUGGAAAGGAGGAAGCGCAAACCAGCCGUUGAGCACCAUGAUACAGCCAUCAAGGUAGCAAAGACAGCAAGUGAGAGCGAGGGAAGGAGUGACUCUGAAACCUCCAAGCAGGCUUCCUCAGGAAAGUCUUCAGCAGAUGAACCUGUUGUGACUGGAGCCAGCCAAGUGGCAUGUGUGCCAAUCUCCACUGACCAAAAGGAUGAGCGAAAGCAGGAUGUUAUCAUCAUCCAGCGCCAGGAUGUGAUUGUGACACCUCGCAGUCAGUCUCAGCGCUCCUCUGAAGCCUUUCAUGGAGCCUGUGGAGAAGAGGCAAUGGACUUAUCAGUUCGACCUACAAAGGACUCAUUUAUGGAAGGACUUGGUCAUGAGCAUGUAGGUCAGAGGAAUGUGUCUUCAAAUAAUGAUAGGGAUCCUUCUCAUCCCAAUUAUCAAUCCACCUUGAGAAGAGAAAGAGGUCCUGGGCAUGUAGGUGUGUAUGACAGUUCAGAUCUCUCUGAUGGAAGUGUACAGUGUGUAUCUCCACAGCCUAGCUUGAACAAUAACAAAGUAUCCUCCAAUGAUUCUGUGUCAGACUUUGACAGCUGUUCAGGGUCUCCGAUGAACACAGUGCCGCAGGGUGGGCAAGGCGGGGAAGAGCUGGAGAACUCUCCUAAACCUGGGGCCAACAUGGGUGGAAUAGAGUCCAUUGUCCAGAGGCUGCAUCAGGUGAAGUCAGAAACACCCUCAAGGUCUGAUAGUGAGGAUGAAAGCGACUACUAUGCUGUCACCUUCAAGGACCUCAUUGCUCGCACAAUUUCAAGAUGUGAUCGCUAUGGCAAGACACAGCCACGUGGUAAACGUAAGCGAGCUUCAAGGACAUCGUCUGAGCUCAAUGCAGCAAGAAAAGAGGAGAUUAUGGCAGCCAAGAAGCUCCUUGAGAGAGUCAGUAAAAAUAAAAGAGACAAAUUCAAGUUAACUAUCAAUUGCAGUACUGAUGGGAGUGAGCAUGUCAGGAAUGCUGCUGCUUCUGAAGCAAUUGCGACCUUGGUGCGAAGCGUCUGGCACAAGGAGAAUCCAAAACCAAUUGGACAGGUGAUUAAAGAAAUGGUUGCAAAACGAUUAGCAGACCAAGAAGGAGAAGAGAAUGACCCUACGGCCAUUGGACAGUCUAAACGGAAAGGACCUAUGACAAUCAAGGACAUCUUGAAUAGCAGGAGUGACAAUGUAGUGGAAGAAUAUAAUAGAAGUGCUAAAGAUAAGGAAGGUGAAGGUGAAGUUGAAGUUGAAUUACUAGUAGUCUCUGACGAUGGUAUGAAAGUAGAAAUGGAGGAUGAGGCAGACCCUGCUCUAUCUGCUGCAGAGACUCUCAAGAAAAUGGCCAAGAGCAAUGAGAAACGUGAUGAGAACUGUGCAGAAACUGUCAUACCAGCUGGUCAACAGAAACACCAGGAAUCUGCAGUCUCCGAGAAGGCCAUUGAUGUCAAGACCAAACUUUCAAAGGAAAGGGAUGGUAAUGAUGAUGACUCUGAUGAUGAGGAUCUGUCCAUCGAUCAUGAGCAAAGGAAAAAAGCAAAGAGGAGAAGUCGGAAGAAAAACAAUAGAUUGACGAAAUUGUCUGAGAAAGGAAUCAAGUUGAAUGAAGAUGAGACUGUUUCUAGUGUUCCAGGACAAAAAGGGCUCAAGGAGAUCAGCCAGAAAGUGGAUACCUCCGACAGCAGAGGAAAUGAGUGUCUACCUGUUACCAAGAAAGACACAGAGACUCUAGUGCACUCACCUGAUCAUGAGGUCACUCAAUGGCCUGCAGAAGCUGUGAAGAUGAAGGGUUCUGUGGCUGAGAAUGUGGUUCAGAUGUCUGGGGAUGUAGGAAUGCGAACAAUGAGGUCCCUUGUGGAGAACAUUCAGGAUGAGGAUGAAGAGGUUGAUGUUGUCAUGGAAACCAAAGAAAUUCCUCGUCCCAGGAAGGAACGUACAGCCAGUCCCCAGCGCACGCUGUCAGAGAGUAUUCCAUUCCCUAAAAUAGAGCCUCUAAAACCUGUUGUCAUUUCUCAUAGCAUUUCUCAAAUAUUAGAACAGAAAGGUACCACCAGCUCAGUAGAUAAUAGAGGUAGGUGUAGUAGUAGAAGUAAUAGCGUAAUAUCAGCAACGCACAACCCAGUCCAAGUAGAACCAAACACAGCAUAUGAAUCCCCUAGCAACGAUCAAGUAGCUCCGGGUCUUAGAGAGCCUGGUAAAUCAAGUUCAGUCGUAGGGUUGGAUGGAACUGAUCAAAGGGUGGGCGAAGAGAGCACAGGAGAAGGAGGACAAGGGGAGAUCAAGUCGAUGAGCACCGCAACCGAGUUUCUCAUCAGGAUUGCCCUCAUGCAGAAUGAUGGCACUAGACAAGGAGUAGUAGAAACUAAAUAACAACAUACCUCCUUGGUAUGGCAAACUAGAGACUUUUUUUUUGUAAAAUUGCUUUAAUUUGAUUGCACCCGGAAGAAUUCUCUCUGGGUCAGCAGGCAUGUAACAUAGCCACACCUUGGGAGUAUAGCCAGGUAUUGGCAUUCAUUCUAUCAUGCUUCUCAUUCUCUUUCUACUGAGGUCAUGUAGAGGAUUUUUUUUUUGAAAUGUCUAUUAAAAAUUGACAUGGUCCUCUCCAUAUCAAUUAUGCCAAAUUGUUUUUUUUAAGGAAAGUGGACAUUCCACUAAUUGAUGCAUUUGAUGCUAUACUGUGGGCUGCAUCACACUGUAUUGUCCCCCUUGUUAGAGAUAUGUAAAAGUGUUACAAAAAUAACAUCGUUCCUUAUUUUGGCAAUCUCGUCUUCAUAAUAUGGAUUCGUACUCGAUAAUAAUAAUAAAUAU